GUGAUUUUCGCAUGGAUUUUCGAUUGUCCCUCUUCUGUGUUUCAGCCUCAGAGCAUCAAUUUCAAUCGUGUCCUUCCUCCAUGAUUGGCUCCAUAACUUGUGGUCAAUGACACCUGUAUCCCUGCCUGUAUAGGAGGCAUUGUUGGGCUGUAACUUGCCGCCUUCACCGAGCAGACAGACCAGGACCAGACCGCACCUCAGUACACUUCGUACGCUCACGUGCUAACCUGCGCCUAGCGGCCUAGCCAUCCAUCCGUCCACAAUUUAGGUGAAAAGUUAUUGGCUUGCUGCGACUGUGAGACCAGUGAAGCCGUGAGACUUUCGCUUGUGAGUGUGAUUUCUGACGUGACCAUGUCGGGCAUAACACGGUGUUACGUUCCUGGCUGUACGAACACGUCAGGCGCUAACCCAGAAGUGACAUUCCACAAGCCCAGGGACAGCAACGCAAAACGAAUGUGGGAGGCAGCACUCGUCAGCAGACAUCCUGAUCUACAAGGAGAAGUAAUACAUGUGUCUCGCAUCUGUUCUUCACAUUUUGCGGACGACGCGUACAUGGAGACGGAUUCUCUGCAAAUCCGCCUUGGGGUGCCGCGAAGAAAGCGGCUGAAGCUUGACGCCGUUCCCACAAUAUUUCCAGAACGAAGAGAACAACUGUCGUCUGCUGAGGUCCAGUCUGGUAGCUGCACUGAAUCUGCUUCAAGUGACGUGGAAAGGACGGAAUCAACAAGCGGUGUUAGUCCAUGGUCCACCACCCUGCAAUCCAUGGCAGCGGCUGUUCCAGAAAGGGUACUAGUGCUGGAUGAACUGCCCCUACCACCUUUGGAGCCCUACCAGAUAGUCAGCCAAUACGGCUUCCAUUACAUAUUAGUGCCGCACACACCGUAAUUCUCAUCCGAAAAGGUUCAGCUCAAGAAAACACAGGCAGCUGUUCGGACAUUGACUUGGAACUUCCACAUGCCGAGUAGGGCAAGCCAGACAGACGUGAGCCUUCUGCCUUCUAGCACACUUCUCUUAUCACAAUCCAAACUAGCAAUGGAACAUCCGGAAGACAGCAACGUUGCAAGUGCAGAGUUGUCUGCAGGACAUAUUCCCCCACAGCUCAUGGAUGCACCAAUAUUUGAUGAACCAGUGCCGACAGAUGUGUUUGACACAUCCGGUGUUCCUCCCUAGUCCAUGAAUGGCUUGACACUGCUGUUGGAUCUACAUGGUAUGAUGUAGUAUAACUUCGAGUGUAUUUUAUUGAUGCAUAAUUGUUCUCAAUACGCAUUUUCAUGAAUUUAAGGACCUCCUCCCCUACUUUGGACAACCUGAUUUUGAAAGAAAGUUUACAUGCAAAUCUAAGGGCCCUUCCCACUUCGCUCACCCAAUCGCGUAAGCAUAUCACAUGGUUGUGAGUCAGUCGGUCACCUUUCAUAUUGCCUGAAUGAGAGCCUCCUAAUUUGCUGUGACUGAAAAGAAAGUUGCCAUGAUGAACCCAAAGAUGGCAUCAUAUUUAGACCCUGAAGUGUUCGGGUUUUAUUUUUUUCCAAAUUCGGGGGGUAAAAUUCAGGUCAAUCACUUGAUGUCAAAAAUUCAUGCAAAUUCGGGUGGAAAAAUUACCAUCAGACUGAAUUUGGGCAUAAAUCGGGCUCUAUUGUCGAACAAACGUUUGUUGUACAGCCUAUCCAGAGUACCAGACGUUGAGAUCGACCGUGUAUUUUGUGAAAAAUUAGUAUGUCAUUGCCGUGAGGCGCCUAGCUUAGGAGCAGUUUUGCGGGUAGAAAUCGGGUUUAACCCUAAACCGGUGAACCUCGAUUCGGGGUGCGAAUUCGGGGAAAAAUCGGGUUUAACCCUAAAACUUCAGUGUCUAAUCAUAUUCCGUGCACUUCAAACAAAAGGUUGUGACAUCUCAGUUGAUCAUAGACUGGCUGAAAACUGUGUUGUUGCAGCGACCUGGCACACUUUUGCACAUGCCGUCAGUAUUGGACCCAUCCCAUGGCCACUUGACAGGCGAAGGGAAAGAGCUGUGCAAAAAUGACAUCAAUGACUUGGUGGUUGUCCUUGGUGUUGCAGCCUUGAACGUUUUCAUGAACAAGCAUAUUGAGAGAAACCACUGCACAGUUUUAUCGAAGAAUGGGCCAGCAGCUCAGAGCAGAUACUGACCGGGAAAAUACGAAGCGUGCUGCCAGGGGUCAUCGUGCAGUGGGUAUCUGACGCGUAGGACAUACAACAAAAUAUUAUUGAGGAGUCAUUUAAGUGUGCCAUGAGCAGUGCUUUGGAUGGAACAGACUUUGCGAGGAACUUGGAGUCACCUGCGUAGAUAGAUGGCGGAAACGACUCAAGCAGUGAAGCUGUACAUAGCUGUAUUUAAAUAAUUAAUCGUAAUAAAUAAUUUGUUCUGUUCAGUGCAUUAAACUUUGUUUAUAAUUUUUAUUUACUUAAAAUAGUGUUUCUAAGUUCCCUGUACUCAAAUGUAAGGACCCUUCCCCAGUUUGGAGAGCCUCAUUUUGAAAAGGGGGGUCCUUAGAAUCGAGAAAAUGCACUAGUGCUAACUUAGCUAACACAAAUGCUAUCUUAGUGUAAUCAACUGAUGAUGAAAUGAAUUAUAUUUGGGGCUUUAUAUUGGUGAGACCAGUAUGGUGAUAGAUGAAUACUGUAGAUGAAUAUUGCCACUUGAGGUUUUUUAUAGAUGUGUGCGAAUAUUGAAAUUUUCGAAUACGGAUAUCUGCAAACAUUUUCCUUCGAAUAUCGAAUAUCCCAUCGUAGGAUAACUGCUUCUAAGACUUAAAAAAAUCUUUCAUGCACAGUGAACACCUGUGUUGGCAUUGUAAGUGCUGGUGAAACAGACAAUUGAAGCAAAGGGCAAUGACAUGUUCAGAAUGUGGGAUGGUUUACUGAAGAACACAUCUCAGAAGGAAAAUGAAGGUAGCAAGUGCUCUUUUCUUGCACUGACAAUGCCUUCCAAAUUUGUUUGUAGGCAAGAAGGUGCACGGCUUCACAGUGCUCUGAUGCAUGAUGUGACGCGAGACCACCAUUCCUGACAGUAAUGCAGAGUUUCGAACAGCCCCUUCAUCAGCACAAUAAAACCGCGAUCCUCGAUGAUGUUGUAUGGCUGUGCGUGUCACAUGUCUGUGAGUGUUUCUGCGACGUUUGUGUUCAGCGCUUCUUUCAUUUCAGAGAGAAAAUCUGUGUGCGUGCCUCAAAACUUUGUCACAUCGAUGCAGACGCGCAAAAGUCGAGAGCAAAAUUGCACCAUGCGAGCCGGGCUGAAGGCUAUAUGCGUCUUGCUGCCAUCUGUAACAACAGUUAGCGCAGUUUCAAAUUAAUUUGCACCAUUAUUAUCGCCCUAGUUGGCACCUUAACAUCCAGUCGCACAGCGCCGGAUUUGACGAAGCUGUGUCGAAAUAUCGUCAUGUCCCGCUCCUGGAUUAUUGCUGUCAUCGCACGUGUCCAUGAUUCUAUUACACUGACUACCACAAAACGCGUUCGAGGCUCAGGUUUUGGCUGUGCAUGCAGUGGCAUGGUGAACAGCAGUGUUCAGCUCAAUGCCAACAAAAUUUCGAUAUCUAACCAGAAUCUUACUGAACUGUAGGCCUCACAUGAAUGUUCAGAUUUUGUUGGCAAUCCACUAAAGCUACGACUGUGAUGACAAUGCACAAAGCGCAGCGUUGUUUCGCGUUUGGCUGGGGCGGACUUUAAUGGCAGUUGCACACCACUGUGUACUGAUUUCUGUUUCUGUUACCGAACGUGCAGCAAUGCAUUCGCAGAUGAGUGUACCGCAAAAGCUUCGCGCAUCUUUUUGCUGCUGUUCUACUAUUCAUGUUCGUCACUGUUACCGCAACACAUAAAUUCCGGCGUGCAGCCAGCAACAGCUUUGUAGUAAGCUGUUAUAAUACAAAGCUGUAUUCGAAAAAAUUCUAAUAUUUGAACGUUAAUGAAUAUUCGAAAACUUUGAAUAGCAAAUUUUUGAAUACGAAUCGAAUCGAAUAUCGGAAAUAUUCGAUUCAUAUUAGAAAUCUGAAAUAUUCGCACACCUCUACUUUUUUAAUGUCCAUGUGGAGGAUGAUGAGCUUAAGUGACUUGUACCCUGCCACAAAGUUGCUACUGUACUUGAUCGGGUUUAAACCUGUGAUCAUUGGAUCAGAAGCAGUUACCAGUGGAUUCAUUGAGGCUACCUUAAGAUGAAUAACAUAGAUGUAUUACGCGAAGGUAAAAAAUAGUCAUUUCUUCCUGCAUUAUAGCCCACCUGAUGCAAAGGACUGGACGUUUCAUCUAUCUGAACUAACAGAUGGAUUGGAUACUGAAGAUGACAAGUACGAGAAGGAGCAUGAUGUGCAUCAUUCUAAGUCUCGUGUGCAUCAAACGUUAAAUCCUGAGGAAUAUCUAUAUAUGGUGGCAUCAUCUAAUCUAUGAGAGCUUCUACCCGGGUCCUUCUUGCGGUAGCAGUGACACUGACACAGAGUCUAUGACAAGGAGGCGCAUGUCUCAAGAGGCAACAGUUUACAGCUAUAGCAGACCUUGUACGUGCUCCAGCCAGCCAUGGGUGGAAGACAGGCGAAUCUGGAACAUUCUGCUCUAUAGUUUUCUGUCAUGAAGAUAAGCAAGGCAUUUUGUAUCUUCGUCACAAUGAAGGUACCAACGGAGGCAAAGUUUCCCUAGUGAAUAGAACCAAGACAUUUUGUAGCGUCUACACGAUGGUGCCAACACUGACAGUGUCACAGUACCUCAGAAGACAGAAGCAGCACCUUUUUCAUGCUGUGAAUGAUGUGAGUGCAUUAAUAACUAGGGCCCUCUGUUUUAAGGUAAAACCCGUUUUAACCCCCGAUUUGCAUCAUCACUUAGUGUAAAACUCUAAACGAACUUUGCAAAGUGCCAAUUCAGCGUCCAAUACGGGCACUGGAGAUCACUAAGCAUUGGACAGUCAGCACAGCGACUAUCCUUGACUUUGCUGACCAAGAGCGAGGGAGGCUCUGCCCCCAAGUGGCGCGCCAAUAGGAGGACUCUGGAGGCGGAGCGCUGCGGCCUCUACUCUUGCCUAAUAGAUGGCGCAUCGGUAGCGCUCGGCUCGGGAUAUGUGAGCCGCUGUCGUCUGCUUCUUCCGGUAGAGCUACAACCUUGAAGCCUCUGCUCUCGCGUAAGAGAUGGCGCAACAUUGGCGCUCGGUAAGGGCACGUGUGGUCACCAUUAGAGCCACUAAAUAAGCGUAGCUUAUUCAGUGGCUCUAGUCACCAUAACUUUGAGCCUCGACCUUGAGACUGGCCGGUAACCUAAAUUCCGAUGACGCGGCGAUAGCAAACAAUAGUGCAUAGUUUUGACGAUUAUGCUUCAUGGAUAUGUCAUUACAUUACCAAAUUUGUGGCCAGUGCGACGUUUCACUCCGCUCUUUUGCGUAAACAUUGUCUCAGCUCAUGAAAAAUGAAAGAAAUAUUUGUUCUACUCCUCGCACUGAAAUAAAUUAUUUAAGAUAAUUGUACUGUGCGUUUCUUUUUUUCUUUUUGUAAGUAGUUACGCAAGUAUGUAAAAAGGACAGAAAUGUUGCUGCUUGUUCUACUCCUCGCACUGAAAUAAACAAUUUAAAAUAAUUGAACCUCUAGGGGAUAAGUCGAAAAAUCCCAAAUGGGAAAGGGGCCUGAUAUGAUUGUCCGUCCCAUUGACACACAUGCAUUUCCCGUUUUUUUU